AAUUUCUCCAUUCCUGCUCGCCAAAUCCCCGCAGUAUAUAAGACCCACCUCCCAAUACCUUCCUUCUCCAAUACCCAGAUCUCGUUUCCUCGGUAUUUUCUCCUCCGACAUCUGUUUCCGGGUCUGCUCUCGUGGCAUUUUCUUGCUUAUUAGCCUCUCUAGAAGAAGAAGCACUGUCAAUUCGGACGCGUCCGUUCUGUAAAUCUGUUCUCUUUGUCACAGCUGUUGCCCACGAUCCUUUUUCGUCCGAGGUCGUCGCGUUCAAAUUGUGCGUGCUUUCGUCCCACGAGUUUCUCCCGCAUUUCAGGGGGAUGUCAUGCGUCGUUUCCCCUGAAAAUCCCCGUCUCUUCUCGAUCUUCUGACCCUUUUGACCCUUCUUUUUUUCCCCAUUUGCCGUUUCCCCUCCGUUCUCUCGCUGCAAAUUCUCUGCUUUCUUCGCCCUCGUGAGCUCCCCCCCCAUCCCAUCUGGAUUUUUUCCCGGAAUCUGAUGAUGGGUAUCCAGAGAGACAGGGUGAGAUUCAAUGUAGGCGGCAGGACGUUCGAGACGACCUCCACGACCCUCGCCAACGCCGGCCGCAAUUCCUUCUUCGGCGCGCUCUUCGACGACAACUGGAACUUGCAGCCCAUGAAUUCGAGCUCCGAGCUCUUCCUCGAUAGGAACCCGGAUUGCUUCGCUGUGCUCCUCGAUCUUCUCCGCACCGGGGACCUUUACGUCCCUCCGAACGUGCCGGAGAAAUUGCUGUGCAGGGAAGCGCAGUUCUACGGGGUUCUCGAUCAUGUCCGCGCGGCGAAGUGGGGCCAAUUCGACGGGAAUCGGCUGCGGCUCUCGAGGUCGAUCACGGGCCCGGCGCCAGGGGACGGGACGGCGAUAAGGGCGGGGCCAGACGGCGGUUGCUGCGUGGCUCACGGUAGCAUGGUACAUGUUUAUGAUUGGAUGAUGGAAGAGCACCCGCCGAUCAAUCUCGAUUACCAGAGGGUUAACGAUGCCGGUUGGAUUGAUCCGGAGAGCAUAGUGAUCAGUGCUUGCGAGCGUUUGGGAACUGGGGAUGGAGGGAUGGGCUUGUUUAGCUCAUCCACAGGUGAAUUGAGGUACAAGUUUCAGGUGAGCCAUCAGAAUCAGAUCAAGAGCUACACUGCUGGGGCCUUGACCUUCAACUCAGAUUACAAGAUCUUCUCAAGCUGCAAAGGGAGGAGCAAUGAGUAUGGUGUGGGAGUUUGGGACCCGAUCGCGGAAAAACAGGUUGAUUUCUUCUAUGAAUCGCCCGGUUGGUCGCUUGGGGAUGCUGAUAAGCUGCAAUGGCUAAAUGGGUACAACUGUUUGUUAGUUGCUACCCUGUUUCCUCGAAAGGACAACUGUUACAUCAGUUUGUUGGACUUUAGGCAGAAGAACAUGGUGUGGUCUUGGUCGGAUAUCGGCACGCCAAUAACCUUUGACGAGAAGCGAGUUAGGGAUGCGAUUGCGAUGGAGGGGAGCAGUUCGAUCUGUGUGGUGAACGAGUACGAGGACUUGGGAUUUAUGGACUUAAGGAGUGCGGCCGGGAGUGUCAGGUGGAGCUCGAGAAGCCGGCUCAUGAACGGGAAGCUGUCGGAUGAGCCAUGUUACCCUAAAUUGGCAUUGCAUGACGGGCAGUUAUUUUCGUCCAUGAGUGACUGCAUUUCGGUUUUCAGUGGUCCUGACUGUGUUCUGACUUCGAGGCUUCGGAGAAGUUAUGGAGGUUCCAUUUGUGAUUUUUCGAUUGGCGGAGAUCGGCUCUUCGCAUUACAUAGCGAGGAGAAUGUGUUCGAUAUAUGGGAGACUCCGCCUACAUCAGUUCUAUGAGUCCUAGUAGUAUCGUUCUGUCUGUUUGGUGAUUACAAAUUUCUUCUGCUAUAGAUCAUAGAGAAAGGAUUUGCAGUUCUUUUCCCCCCUAAGGUUAGAUGACAGGAAUUUUCUUCACAAAUUUGAAGUUUGAUCCUUUUUUCCCCCUUCCCCUUUUGGGUUUAACAGUUCCAUAUGAGAUUGAUACCUGACAGCUACAUAAUUAGAUAUAUCUGGAUUGAGUUUGUACAGAACAUUGCCUAUUGGCAGAGAAAUAUUGAAGUUGUUUACCCAUUUCUCGGCUUAUGCA